AAAACGAGGUUCAUCAUGGCCGCGGGAAAUAAAAUUGAGAUUUUCCUAUGAUUUUCGCGGGAAAAUAGCGAUUUCUGGGUUUUGUGAGCAAUUUAGAGGUUGUCGAUCGCAACUAAGUAUUGCUGAGUUAUCCUGGAAUCAAGGUUCAAGGUAAAAGCAUCACCAUGUCAUCCCUGGUGAAGAUGAGUAUCCAGGGCAUCCGGAGCUUCGGCCCAGAUGACAAGGAUAAACAGGUGAUCAAAUUCUUCAACCCCCUGACCAUCAUCCAGGGUCAUAAUGGAGCGGGUAAAACCACCAUCAUUGAAUGUCUGAAGUACAUGACGACAGGAGACUUCCCUCCUGGCUGUGCCAGGGGUGGGUCCUUUGUACAUGACCCAAAGAUUGCCCAUGAGACAGAGGUUAAGGGUCAGAUCCGUCUACAGUUCAGGGAUGUGAAUGGUCAGCUGGUCAGUGUACAGAAGUCCAUGAUGGCCACACAGAAAGUCAAGAAGGUGGACUUCAAAACCAUGGAGGGUGUCAUCACCAGGGACAAACAUGGCCAGAGGGUGUCCCUCAGCUCCAGAUGUGCUGAGAUAGAGAGAGAGAUGAUCUCACUACUGGGUGUGUCCAAAGCAGUCCUGACUAACGUUAUCUUCUGUCACCAAGAAGACUCCAACUGGCCGCUCUCAGAAGGGAAAACUCUGAAGACCAAGUUUGAUGAGAUUUUUUCAGCAACAAGGUACAUCAAGGCUCUGGAGGCCAUCAGGAAGUUAAAACUUGAUCAAGGCCAUACCAUCAAGGAGCAUCAGGCUGAGAUCAAGUACCUGAAGCAGAACAAGGAAAAAGCAGCUGAAAUAAAAGAGCAGCAGUCGCAGACAGAAGGUCGGCUGGCGGCAAGUAAGGAGUCCAUCCGGCAGAUCAGGCAGGAACUGCAGCCAGUGGAGGAGCGGAUCGACAAGAUCAAUGCCAAGGCGAAUGAGAUCCACCAGCUGGAGAAACGACUCAGCAGCUUACAGAGCAGGAAGACACAGAUGGAGAGAGACAUGCAGGAUCUCAGGGACAACCUGGACAAUGUCUUCACAGGUUCUACGGAGCAGCUGAAGAGACAGCUGAGUGAGCACCUGGGGCAGGUGGAGGAGAACGAGGAUGCUGUACGCCAGCUGGAGAUGAGGAUCGACCAGGUCACCAGGGAGUGUCAAAGGUAUGGCCGUGAGAGAGGGGACCACCUGGUGACCCAGGGUAAACUGCAGCAGGAGGCGGCGCUGCAUGAACAGAACCUGCAGGACAGAGACAAGCUGGUCCUGACACUGGCUCAGCAGCUGGGACUGGAGGGGUUCAGUACUGCACCCUUCAACGACAGACGGAUCGCACGCUUCCACGAGUGCAUGAAGCAGAGGAUCGACGAGGCUGUUGCCAUGGCGACCAGCGUGAAGCAGGAUCACGAGGAACUGGAGGCCGUGGCGCAGAAGAAGGUCGAUGACCUGAGGGACACAAAGACGAAGCUGGAGCAGACUCAGCGCCUGAAACAGGACAUGCUGAACAAGAACAAACAGGAGAGGAGGGAGAUCGAGAGGGAACUCAGUAAGGUGGAUGCCUCCACAGAGCGGAUAGCCAGCCUGGCAGCUGACCUGGCCAGGAAGGAGCGAGAGCUGCAGCAGGUGGAGGAGUCGGCCCACAUUCCACAGCUGAAGGAGGAGGUGCUGCAGCUGCAGAAUGAGAAGAGGCAGCUGGAUGGUCAGCUGGGGCAGCUGGAUGCGGAGCUGCAUCAGAUGCACCUGCAGUCGUCUGUACGCACGCAGCUGGAGAUGCUGCGCAAGGACAAGGUGGCCAAGGAGGACAGCAUCCGCAAACUCAAGCAGAGACACCAGUCUGAACUCACCGACCUCAUGGGUCAUUUCCCCAGUAAGACAGAGCUGGUGGAGUGGCUGAGUCAGAAACAGCAGGAGAUCUCCCAGAACCAGCGCCGCACACAGAAGGUCCACCAGGAGGUAUCCUCACUCGAGGCCAGGAAGAAAAUGCUGACAGAACAACUCAAGAAGAGGGAGCAGGAGUUGGACAAGUAUGAGGAGCAGCUGUUUGAUGUGUGUGGGAGUCAGGACUUUGAUGUGGAGAUGGAUGAGCUAGGAGACCACAUACAGAAACUACAGGACCAGAAGGGGGCGCUGGUGGGCACGCGGCACCUGUACACCAGGUUCAUCAGUGAGUUGCAGAAGGAGCCGAGCUGUCCGCUGUGUGAGCGCCGCUUUGGGGACGACCAGGAGGUUAAAGAGCUAGUCGACUUCAUCAAGCAAAAGAUUGCCAGGGUUCCGACAGAGCUAAACACAAAGGACCAGCUUCUCCGUCAGCAGCAGCAGAAGUACGACACCAUGAUGUCACUCAAGCCAAUCAGGAAGCAGGUCGUCGACCUGAAGGACCACGAGGUUCCUGACAUUAAGAGCAAGAUUUCUACUAUCAACCAGGAGAUAGAACAAAAGCGUACCCAGAUCACAGAGGGGGAUGAACUGUUUGCCACGUUGUCUAUGGAGGAGGAGAUGGCCAAGGCCUGUAAGGACGACAUCGCCAUGAUCGAGCGCUAUCGCACAGAACUCCGCGAACUUGAAAGGAAAAUUGCCCAGCAGUCAUCCAAACUGGCAGGGUCUGACAGCGGACGUACGAUCGAGGAAGUGAACAGUGCCAAACAGGACAAGCAGCUGCAGGUGGACAACACGGCGGCCAAACUGGAGCAGAAACGUCAGCAGAUCAGCGACCUGUCGGAGAAGAUCAACGCGCUGAAGAUGGAGGUGAACACGAUCGCGGGGGAGAAGCUGCGGCUGGAGAGUGAGCUGCAGAGGAUGAAACAGCUGGAGGACCAGAAGGCCGAGCUGGUGUCUGCGUACCAGGAACUACAGAGGGAGAUUAAGGACACCCAAGAGAAGCUGGAGCCUCUGGAGUCCCGACUGCAAGGUCUUCGGCGCGAGAAAGACGACAUCACCAGGAAGAAAGAGCAGGCCGUGGAACGUGCCAAGUGUAAGGUGGACCAGGAGAGGAGUCGCAAGAACGAGGUGGCCAGUCUGGACACAGAGAUUAAUCGGUAUGUUGAACAGGGGAGAGACAAGCUGCUGCAAGAGACAGAGGAGAAACUGCAGGUUCUGGAGAACAAAGUGAAGAAGGCAGAGGAGGAGAAAGAGAAAAUGGAUACCAGGAUGCAAACCUUGAGAAAGGAGGUGGCCAAUCAGAAGGCUCGAGAAAGAGAGCUGCAAGACAACCUACAGCUGAGGAAGAAGGAAGAUGAAGUUAACAAGAUAGCAGCUGAGAUCGCAGACCAGGAGGAGGAGUUGGGAGGUCUGGAUGCCCGCAGCAUCGAGCAGGAGAAACGGAAGCUGGUGGAGAAACAGGACCAGCUGCUGAAGGAGAAAUAUGUGGCCGAGGGGAGGAUGAGAGGGCUGGAGGAGGAGAUACGCAGGUUUCGCAAGGAUCUGCAGUCCGAACAGUUUAAAGAUGCAGAUGUGAAGUACAGGGACAUGAUGAUCGUGCUAAAGACAAUGGAGCUGGCUAACUCUGACCUGGAAAAAUACUACAAGGCUCUGGACAGGGCAGUUAUGAGCUACCAUCACAUGAAGAUGGAAGAAAUCAACAAGAUCAUCCAGGAGCUCUGGCGAAACACGUACCGUGGACAGGACAUCGACACCAUCGAGAUACGGUCUGCCGAGGACACCACCACGGCUGCCACCAAGAACAUGCGGCGCACGUACAACUACAGAGUGGUGAUGAUCAAGGGAGAGACAGCUCUGGACAUGAGGGGAAGGUGCAGUGCAGGGCAAAAGGUGCUGGCAUCCCUGAUAAUCCGGCUGGCCCUGGCUGAGACCUUCUGUAUCAACUGUGGAGUCCUGGCCUUGGACGAACCCACCACUAACCUUGACCGGGAAAACAUUGAGAGUCUGGCAGCUGCCCUCAUGGAUAUCGUCAAGGGUCGCUCCAGGCAGAGAAACUUCCAGCUCCUAGUGAUUACCCACGACGAAGAGUUUGUUGACCUUCUAGUCCAUGCCAACUUCACCCAGCACUUCUGGAGGGUGUCCAAGGAUUACGAUGGGCUGUCACAGUUGGUCAAACAUGAUGCAGCAGUCCUGCAGGACUAGGGCAGACCCUGAAGAAUUAUACUCUGCAGGAUAUCGUAUCACUUUCCUUUAAUCAUGAACAAGCAAAAUUCCCUUUGCUUAAAUUAUGUUCUUAUUAGUAAAUGUGUCCUGGCAAAAGGACCAUGUCAUGUUUCUAUAUUGGUAUAGCCAGUAUAACCGC